UGUCUUAUUUAGUCAAAACCUGUCAAACUUCAAUUCCUUUAAUUUGUCUUUUUCUGUUAUUCCACCUUGUUUUGACCCUAAAACACACAGUAAUGUAAGAUUACUAUCAAAUAUUGAAAGUAGAAGGAUCAUGAGUACAUACUCACAGCAGUUUUUAUCACACUGAAACAGACACAAAUUCCAAGCAGCUCAUUUCAUUGAACUAAUGUCUCAGGAUUUAAAGGGUUAACCCCUAAAUAUUGCUACCACUUUAAGUCUUAAAAAAGUCGUGCUUGCAGCCAAUCAUCCUGUGGUGAGACUGGAGGACAGACCCAGACCGUCCACCGUCACCACACUGAGCUCUUCACUCCAGAAUGCUCUGUUUGUUGUUGUUCUUCUCUGCGGCCUUUUCCAUGGAGAUAAACCAGACCUCCAGGCUGCUGGCGGAGAGCGGAGAGCAGUGCUCUGCGUGCGACUUCCGGGAGCACAGCAAACAGAUGAGGCUCCACAGCAUCAAGUCCCAGAUCCUCAGCAUCCUGCGGCUCGAACAGGCGCCCAACAUCAGCCGGGACAUGAUCCGCCAGCUGCUGCCCAAAGCGCCUCCGCUGACGCAGCUGCUGGACCAGUACGACCCGCGGGUGGAGGAUGAGGACCACGCCACCACGGAGACCAUCAUCACCAUGGCUACCAACCCCAAUCCAGUCACCCAGGACGACUUGUCCUCCUGUUGUUUGUUCAGCCUCAGUCCCAAAAUCCAGCCCAAAAACAUCCUGAGUGCUCAGCUGUGGGUUCACCUCCGGCCAGCCGAUGUCGUCACCACAGUCUUCUUGCAGAUCUCUCGCCUCAAACCAGGGAAGGAAGGGAACAACACCCGCAUCCGGGUCCGGUCCUUGAAGCUGGACAUCGAUGCAGGCGCCGGAUCCUGGCAGAGCAUUGACAUCAAGUCACUGCUGCAGGCGUGGAUGAGGCAACCGGAGACCAACUACGGCAUCGAAAUCAACGCCUAUGAUUCCAAAGGAGAAGAUCUGGCCGUCACCUCAGCAGAGCCGGGACAGGAAGGACUGCAACCAUUCAUCGAAGUGAAGGUCCUCGACACCCCUAAAAGAUCCCGCCGGGACUCGGGCCUCAACUGCGAUGAGGAGUCUGCAGAGACGCGGUGCUGCCGCUACCCGCUCACCGUUGACUUCGAGGAAUUCGGCUGGGACUGGAUCAUCGCGCCCAAGCGCUACCGGGCCAACUACUGCUCAGGGGAGUGUGAGUUCAUGCACCUACAGCAGUACCCACAUGCACACCUGGUGAAUAAAGCCAACCCACGGGGCACUGCAGGACCCUGCUGCACACCCACCAAGAUGUCGCCCAUCAACAUGCUUUACUUCAACCGCAAGGAGCAGAUCAUCUAUGGGAAGAUCCCGUCCAUGGUGGUAGACCACUGUGGCUGUUCCUGAGAACUCAGACAGAUGAUACUCCAUAUCAGGGGUGUCAAAGUCAGUUUAGUUCGGGUUCCACAUUCAGCCCAAUAUGAUCUCAAGUGGGUCAAACCAG